AUGCGAACAAAUCUUAUUGUUGUCGCUUAUGAGAACAGUGAUAAUGUAGAUCUUCUUGUUACAUACAACAAUGUCUCUUUUGAAAAUCAAAUGACGUUUUCAACUGGCUCUUACCCACAGUCUGUAGCUGUUGGUGAUUUCAACAACGACACCCAACCGGAUAUCGUUGUCGCCAAUUAUGGUGGCAACGAUGUGAGUGUCCUUCUUGGAUUCAUUAUUAUAGGCUUCAUGAAUCAAAUUGCACUCACUGCUGGCCAUGGUUCACGGCCACGAUCGGUUGCUAUUGCUGAUUUUAAUAAUGAUUCUCGAAUGGAUGUUGCGCUCGCUAAUUCAGGUUCUCAUACCAUCGCAAUUUUUCUUGGAGAUGGCAAUUAUUCGUUUUCUAAUCUAACGACAUAUUCAACUGGUUCUACACCCAUAUCUAUAGCUGUUGGCGAUUUUAAUAACGAUAGUCGAUCUGAUAUCGUUGUUGCUAAUUAUGACUCUCAAACGGUAAGUGUUUUUCUGGGAUAUGACAAUGGUUGCUGUUCAAAUCAAUCGACAUAUUCUACUGGACCCGACUCCUAUCCGGACUUUGUAGCUGUUGGAGAUUUUAAUAACGAUACUGUAAUAGAUAUUGUCGUGAUCAUUCAAGGCACUAACAAUUUGGGAAUAUUCCUCGGAUAUGGCAAUGGUACGUUCUCAAGUGUUACUCUGAUGCCGAUGGGUUACGGUUCAAAGCCAUUUUGUGUUCUUAUUGGUGACUUCAACGAUGACAGAAAGUUGGACUUUGCCGUGGCGAAUGAGGGCACGGAUAGUUUAUCCAUGUUUUUACAGACUUGUUAA